AUGGUUAUGGAUCAAACAAACUCAGCAGAUCAAUCUCAAGCAUCAUUAGAUGAACUUCAGGUGUCGUAUAGCGGUGAAAACAGCUCUGCAUCACAAACACCCAAUUCAGAAUUGAUCACACAUAGAGAUAGUUAUUCCACAUGUUCGGGUUCAAUAAGUGAAAACUUUAGAAAAUUCAUGAGUCUAAGUAAUGUCAAGGAAUUGAGAGAACAAAUACGUGAUAAUCCGGAUAAUUUAUAUGAAGGAAACUUAAGAGAUGUUGAUAAUCCAAAGCUACCGAUUUACUUACAAGAUACACAAACAAGGCCAAGCACAGGUGGUAGUAGCGUUGAACUUGAUGAAAACUUAUUAAACGCUUAUGAAAUGUUUGAUGUUCGUAAAAGAAGAAAAAUCAGUACAACAACAUCACUCCCAAAAUAUGAAGAUGGGUUAAUAAUGAAAGAGGUACAUCAAUUUGAUGUUGAAGACUAUGAUACUCUGAGGUACAAAAAUAAUUUAGUUGAUUGUUUUGGUAAAUUACUAUUUAUUGCUUCACAAACAAAAUUAUUAGUGUUCCGAAACGAUAUUCACAUUGAUACAAUCGAUGUAUCUCCUCCAUUUACAUCAAGAAGAGAUAGAGCUGCUGCUAAUUGGUCAAUGUUACCCCAUACAAUUAAUUUUAUCAAAGUGUCCAAUUUACAAGGUAGAGAUGUGCUAAGUUGUGCGAUUGAUGAUGGAAGGGUAUUGAUCUAUGAUAUUGAAGAUUUUUUCAUAAAAAAGACUCAAAGAAAAGUACGAUUUGAUCUUAAACUUUCAUCUUCAGCUUGGGGUAUAGAUACGAGUGGUGAUAUGAUUGCAGUUUCUGAUAACAGUCAAACUGUGACAUUAUUUUAUGUCAAACAUGGUCAGCUAUAUUAUCAUACAUCUCCUCAAAUUAACCACAACAUUCCAGAUAUUUCAUUUGUGGAGUCAAAUGAAGAAGGUAUAGCGUACAUUGCAUGUGCCUCGAUAUCAGGGGAACUAAUGACAUUCAAAUUCAAAAUUACAGUUAAUGAAGGUCCUGUUCCAGAUCCUACAGGAGGCUAUACAUUAUCUGUGGAUACGGUUGAGGUAUAUCUUCAUCCAUUUUACAAGUAUGACAUUGAAUGCUUUGUUUUAAAUAGAGUCAUUAUACCUGAAGACCUUUGGAUUGUUCAAUAUAUCAAUGAUGAUAAUUUCAAAGAAGUUGAUACAAUUAGAGAUCUAGGUAGUAAGACAGAUAUUGACAUGGAACUAAUAUUGAAGAAGUCUAAAGCUUUAAAUUUGUCAAGUAAUCAUUUGAUUACUUCAGAUCUAGGUGGUGGUGCAUGGUAUGAAGAGAUUAAAAUUGGAUCAGCAACAGAAUUACCUAUAGAGUUACAGCCAGAAUCAGAUUCAAAUAUUAUUGAGAAUAACCUUAAUAAAUUCACAGAUAAAUUUUCAAGAAUCAAACAUUCAUAUGAUAAGAUUUCUGAGGAUCAAUUUUCAGCUGCUAUACCUAGAUCAAAAGAUCAUGACAAGUUUUUAUUUGUUGCUACUGCCACAAAAAUUGGUCUUUAUAGAUUCAAUGAAUUAGUAUGUAAUGCUAGUUCUGAAAAUAUAUUUGAUCUUCCAUUUCUACGAGAGGAAUUAGAAUUUUCAAAUAGAUUAUCAUUAACUAGAGUCAUACCAGAAUUAUCUGCAGUUCUUGUGGUAUCUCAAUCAGGUUACAUCUCAGUGAUGAGGUUUGUAAAAUGUGGUGGAUUACAUUCUUUAAGACAUGAAAAAAUUAUUCCAAAGAUUGAAAAUGCAUUUACAGAGGUUCUUGUUGGUAUUGGAAUAAGACAGAUGGAUGAUAAAUCCUUUUGGGUUUAUUCAGUUUAUAGUAAUGGUAAAGUUUCAGUAACAGAACUAUCAGAACAUGAUGAAACUGAUACAUUAUGUGUAUUUUGA